UUUAUGCCCCUCACCUCUGCAUUAUUCUCAUUGUUCUUCUAAGUUCCAGCCCUUCAUCUUCCCUCUCUCCCCCCAUUUCCUCCCUCAUUCCUCGAACUUCAGAACAAAAAUGUCAGAAAAAGAGAAAAGGAAGCUCCUUUGGCCUCCAUGGCUGAGCCCCUUGCUCCACACCUCCUUCUUCAGUCCUUGCGACUUCCACUCUGGCUUGAGCAGAAAUGAAUGCAAUAUGUACUGCAUUGAUUGCGCUAAUGGCGCCCUCUGCUCCUCUUGUCUCGUCCAACAUUACAAUCACAGAAUCAUUCAGAUAAGGAGAUCGUCAUAUCAUGAUGUGAUCAGAGUUGCAGAGAUUCAGAGCUUAGUUGACAUUUCUGGAAUUCAGACAUACGUUAUAAAUGGAGCAAAGGUCGUGUUUUUGAAUGAGAGAUUGCAGCCCAAGAUGGGGAAAACGGCGGCAACAAAUACUUGCAGAAAUUGCAGAAGAAGCCUGCUCUAUGCAUUCGGCUUCUGCUCCUUGGGUUGUAAGUUGUUUAAGACCACAUCAUCACCAUCUUCAAUAUCAAAACCUCUGAAGCCUCAUUCAGUCCCCAAAAAGGCCGCCAUUAAUGAGGAAUCAAAGUUUAUUUUUUCCAAUAUUUCAUUUGAUUGCAUCUCACCAACGGCACAUGAGACUCCAUCCAUUAAGAUGAACAGAAUCAAAAGAAGAAAGGGGAUUCCAAGAAGAGCACCCAUGGGAGUUUAUUCAUGAGAAUGG